UGUUUGGAUGCAGCAGCCUCCGAAACAGACAUGAGCACUCCAGUACAGGUUUUGGCAAAACCAAAGCUAAUAGAGCCAAUAGACUAUGAAAAUAUAAUUGUUCAGAAGAAAACUCAAAUAAUCAACGAUUGCUUGCGUGAGCUGCUACUUUUUCCAUAUGACGAUUUCCAGACUGCAGUAUUGAAACGACAACACCAGUAUAUAUGUUCUACAAUUCCAGAGAAUGCAGAGAAAGAAGCUUACAGCUUAUUUGUAACAGAGUGUAUUAAGACAUACAUCUCUGACUGGCAUGUUGUCAAUUUCAAACAUGAAGAUUACUCAGGAGACUUUCGGCAACUUCCAAACAAAGGGAAUAGAUUAGAAAAGCUUCCAGUUCAUGUUUUUGAAGUUGAUGAAGAAGCAGAUAAGGAUGAGGAUGCAGCAUCUCUGGGAUCUCAAAAGGGUGGCCUUACAAAACAAGGAUGGUUAUAUAAAGGGAACAUGAACAGUGCAAUCAGUGUUACUAUGCGGUCAUUCAAACGAAGAUUUUUUCAUCUCCUUCAACUUGGUGAUGGAUCCUAUAAUCUUAAUUUCUACAAAGAUGAAAAAAUAUCAAAAGAACCAAAAGGCUCAAUUUUUUUGGAUUCCUGUAUGGGCGUUGUUCAAAACAAUAAAGUCCGACGUUUUGCCUUUGAGCUCAAGAUGCAGGACAAGAGUAGCUAUCUUCUUGCCGCAGACAGUGAAGCAGAAAUGGAAGAAUGGAUUGCAACUCUAAACAAAAUUCUCCAAUUAACUUUUGAAGCAGCAAUGCAAGAAAAGAGAUAUGAGGACUCCCAUGAUGAAGAUGAACAAAACAGGAUAGACAGCUCAUCUGGUUUAGAUGCUUACCUUCCUGAAAUUGCAAAGACUUGCAGAGAUUCUGAAUUCAAAUUCAGAAAUGAAAGCAGGGUUAAGCUCUUUGCACUGGACCCAGAUGCACAGAAACUAGACUUCUCUGGUAUUGAGCCCGAAGUUAAGCCAUUUGAAGAGAAGUUUGGGAAGAAAAUCCUGGUAAAGUGCAAUGACUUAUCUUUCAAUCUACAAAGCUGCGUGGCUGAAAAUGAAGAGGGACCAACAACAAAUGUAGAGCCAUUUUUCAUCUCACUGUCACUAUUCGAUGUUAAGCAUAAUCGGAAGAUUUCAUCAGAUUUCCAUGUUGAUUUGAAUCAUAGUACAGUGAGACAUAUGCUAGCUAAUACAUCACAGGAGUUGUUGAAUGGGAGUAGUGAUUGCUUACAUCCAAUUCAGGAUAUUAUUUCAGAUGUUAUACUACAAUAUCCAAAACAAGGAAUAUUCUCAGUAACGUGUCCACACCCGGAUAUAUUUCUAGUGGCUAGAAUAGAAAAAGUCCUACAAGGGAGCAUAACUCAUUGUGCUGAGCCAUAUAUGAAAAGUUCCGAUUCUUCUAAGGUUGCUCAAAAGGUUCUGAAAAAUGCAAAACAGGCUUGCCAACGACUAGGGCAAUACAGAAUGCCAUUUGCAUGGGCAGCCAGAACACUGUUUAAGGAUAUGGCUGGAACACUGGACAAAGGUGCAAGAUUUUCUACACUUUACAAACAAGAUAGUAACAAACUUUCAAAUGAAGACAUGCUUAAAUUGUUAGCUGAUUUCAGAAAGCCUGAAAAGAUGUCUAAGUUGCCAGUUAUUUUAGGAAACCUAGACAUAACAAUUGAUAAUGUUUCUUCAGACGUACCAAAUUUUGUUAAUUCAUCAUACAUUCCCAUGAUACAGUUUGAAAACAGUUCCAAGGCAGUAGUAACGUUUGAAGUAGAGGAAUUUGUUCCCUGUAUACCAAAACAUACUCAGCCUUUCACCAUCUACAACAAUCACCUUUAUGUUUAUCCAAAACACUUGAAAUAUGACAGUCAGAAGUCAUUUGCAAAGGCAAGAAAUAUUGCAGUGUGCAUAGAAUUCAGAGAUUCUGAUGAUGAAGAUUCUCGGCCUCUGAAGUGCAUCUAUGGCAGACCAGGGGGUCCAAUAUUUACAAGACAAGCGUUCGUUGCAGUUCUGCAUCACCAGCAAAACCCAGAGUUUUAUGAUGAGGUAAAAAUAGAAUUACCCACACAGCUGCAUGAAAAACACCAUUUAUUGUUUACCUUCUAUCACGUUAGUUGUGACAGUUCAAGUAAAGGGACCACCAAGAAGAAGGACAUAAUUGAAACACAAGUUGGAUAUUCCUGGCUUCAGUUAUUAAAAGAUGGCAGAGUGGUGACAAAUGAACAACAUAUACCAGUAUCUGCUUAUCUUCCAAGUGGAUAUCUUAACAUUCAAGAAUCAGGCAUGAGCAAACAUUCCGGCCCUGAGAUUAAAUGGGUAGAUGGAGGCAAACCACUGUUGACAAUUUCAACUCACCCAGUUUCCACUGUAUAUACACAGGACCAGCAUUUAAACAAUUUCUUCCAUUACUGUCAAAAAACUAUGUCUGGUGCUCAAGCUUUAGGAGCUGACCUUGUGAAGUAUCUUAAGAGCCUUCAUGCUAUGGAGGGACAUGUCAUGAUAGCAUUUCUGCCUACUAUUUUAAACCAGUUGUUUAGAGUUCUUACAAGAGCAACUCAGGAAGAUGUUGCAGUGAAUGUGACAAGGGUUAUUAUCCAUGUGGUUGCCCAAUGUCAUGAAGAAGGAUUGGAUAGCUAUUUGAGAUCCUAUGUCAAGUACGUUUUUAAAGGAGAAACUUAUAUUGCUUCAGAAUAUAAAACUGUACAUGAAGAACUUGCCAAAACCAUGACAACGAUCUUGAAGCCAUGUACUGACUUCCUCACAAGCAACAAGCUGCUUAAGUAUUCCUGGUUUUUCUUUGAAAUUUUGAUCAAAUCAAUGGCCCAGCACCUACUGGAAAAUGCUAAAGUAAAGUUGCUAAGAAAUCAGAGAUUUCCAGCAUCGUUUCAUCAUGCCGUGGAAACUGUUGUCAAUAUGCUGAUGCCCCACAUUACUCAGAAAUAUAAGGAUAACCCAGAAGCUUCGAAGAAUGCAAACUACAGUCUUGCUAUCUUCAUAAAACGAUGCUUCACUUUUAUGGAUAGAGGUUUCAUAUUCAAGCAAAUUAACAACUAUAUCAGCUUCUUUGCUCCAGGAGAUCCAAAGGCUCUUUUUGAAUUCAAAUUUGAAUUUCUCCGAGCAGUAUGCAAUCACGAACACUAUAUUCCUUUAAAUCUUCCUAUGCCAUUUGGAACAGGCAGGAUUCAGAGAUAUCAAGAUCUUCAGCUGGACUACUCCUUAUCGGAUGACUUCUGCAAGCAUCACUUUUUGGUGGGACUGCUUCUCAGAGAGGUGGGAAAUGCAUUGCAAGAAUUCAGAGAGAUUCGACAAAUUGCAAUCGGAGUUUUGAAGAAUCUAAUGAUAAAACAUUCUUUUGAUGACAGAUACGCAUUAAAGAGUCAUCAAGCAAGGAUAGCUACCUUGUAUCUGCCAAUAUUUGGUUUACUGAUAGAAAAUGUUCAUCGAAUUGAUGUCAAGGAUAUUUCACCCUUCCCUAUCAAUGCUUCUAGCAGUGGUGCAAAAGAUGAAUCACUUAAUUUACCAGCUGCAAAUCCAUUGAUGACUCCACAAAAAUCUAUGAAUGCCCUUGACAGCAGCCUUCAGAAAGAUUUGUUUGGUGCUAUAUCAGGCAUUGCACCCCCAUAUACUUGUUCCACUCCUAAUGUUAAUUAUGUGAGGAAUGCAGAUUCGAGAGGUUCUCUUAUAAGUACAGACUCAGGAAACAGUCUCCCAGAAAAACAUGGCGAAAAGAACAAUUCACUAGACAAGAACCAGCAGGCUUGCAUUUCAGGAAGUUCUGUUGUUCGUUGUGAUAAACUAGAUCAAGCUGAGAUACGGAGUUUACUGAUGUGCUUCCUUCAUGUUUUAAAAAGCAUGACAGAUGAUGCUUUGUUUACAUAUUGGAACAAGGCCUCAACAUCAGAACUUAUGGAUUUUUUUACUAUUACAGAAGUAUGCUUGCAUCAAUUUCAGUACAUGGGGAAGCGAUACAUUGCCAGUAUCUUAAUAAAGUAUUUGUGUUCUGUGGCCAUUAAGUUCAAGUGCAGUUAUGGCCAUUCAGAAGCAGAUGUUCUUCACCAAUCCUUACUUGAAGCCAAUAUUGCCACUGAAGUGGGUCUUACGAUUCUGAAUACUUUAUCUUUGUUCACAGUGGCAUUUAAGAAUCAGUUGCUGAAGGACGAUGGCCAUAAUCCUCUGAUGAAAAAAGUAUUUGAUGUAUACAUUUGCUUUCUACAAAAAAAUCAGUCUGAAACAGCUUUAAAAAAUGUUUUCAAUGCUUUAAGGACAUUAAUUUUUAAGUUCCCUUCUACAUUUUAUGAAGGGCGGGCUGAUAUGUGUUCUUCACUAUGCUGUGAAAUUUUGAAGUGCUGCAAUUCCAAACUAAGUUCAAUUCGAACUGAAGCUUCACAGCUCCUUUACUUCUUAAUGAAGAAUAAUUUUGAUUAUACUAAAAAGAGAUCAUUUGUAAGGACACAUUUACAGGUUAUCAUUUCCGUGAGUCAGCUGAUUGCAGAUGUUGCUGGAAUUGGAGGAACCAGAUUUCAGCAGUCUCUUUCCAUUAUUAAUAACUGUGCAAACAGUGAUAAAUAUAUUAAGCACACUACCUUUCCUUCUGAUGUAAAAGAUCUGACCAAACGCAUCCGUACGGUCCUAAUGGCAACUGCACAAAUGAAGGAACAUGAGAAUGAUCCAGAAAUGCUAGUGGACCUUCAGUAUAGUCUGGCAAAGUCUUACGCUAGUACACCUGAGCUGAGGAAAACAUGGUUGGAUAGCAUGGCAAAAAUUCAUGUUAAAAAUGGAGAUUUUUCAGAGGCAGCAAUGUGCUAUGUUCAUGUAGCAGCUUUGGUGGCUGAAUACCUUCUACGGAAAGGAAUGUUUAGACAAGGUUGUAGCAGCUUCAGAGUAAUCACUCCAAAUAUAGAUGAAGAGGCCUCAAUGAUGGAAGAUGUGGGGAUGCAAGGUGUUCACUUUAAUGAAGAAAUAUUGAUGGAAUUAUUGGAACAAUGUGCAGAUGGUCUUUGGAAGGCUGAACGAUAUGAACUGAUUUCUGAUAUAUAUAAACUUAUAAUUCCUGUUUAUGAAAAACGAAGAGAUUUUGAGAAGUUAGCUCAUCUGUAUGACACAUUGCACCGGGCAUAUAGCAAAGUUACCGAAGUUAUGCACACAGGAAAGAGAUUGCUGGGAACGUAUUUCAGAGUUGCCUUUUUUGGACAGGCAGCGCAAUACCAGUUUACAGACAGUGAAACAGAUGUGGAGGGAUUCUUUGAAGACGAGGAUGGAAAAGAAUAUAUUUACAAAGAACCUAAGCUCACAUCUCUUUCAGAAAUUUCCCAGAGGCUACAAAAGCUCUAUUCAGAUAAAUUUGGAUCUGAAAAUGUCAGGAUGAUCCAGGAUUCUGACAAAGUAAAUCCUAAGGAUUUGGAUUCAAAAUAUGCCUAUAUUCAAGUUACACAUGUAGUUCCAUAUUUUGAAGAAAAGGAAUUGCAGGAAAGAAAAACAGAGUUUGAAAAAAAUCACAACAUCCGCCGAUUUAUGUUCGAGAUGCCUUUUACUCAUCUGGGUAAAAGACGAGGUAUGGUUGAAGAACAGUGCAAGCGACGCAUCAUUCUUACAGGUAGGGCAGAGAAAAGGCAACUCUUGUUUCUCCUGCCACCCACCUACCCACUGAACGUAUUAUCUUCCCCUCAAAUAUUAGAGCAAUUUGUGUCUUAUGUUAAUGCUGGUCCAUUAGCAUAUGCCAGAGCUUUCUUGGAUGAUACAAGCACCAAAAGAUAUCCAGACAAUAAAGUCAAAUCACUGAAGGAAAUUUUCAGGCAGUUUAUUGAAGCUUGUGGGCAGGCUCUAGAAGUAAAUGAACGGCUUAUAAAAGAAGACCAGAUAGAAUAUCAAGAAGAAAUGAAAGCUAACUAUAGAGAGAUGGCAAAAGAACUCUCUGAAAUUAUGCAUGAGCAAAUUACUGCUGUGGAAGAAAAGGCCAAUGUAAUGUCCAACUCACUACACAUUUUCAAUGCCAUUAGUGGGACAGCAACAAGCACAACACUUCAUGGAAUGCCCAGCUCUUCUUCAAUUGCAUAACUGUCUUAUAUAUGAAAGUACCUUGACUUUGGAACAAGAGGGUUUGGGGAUGGCUUGCUAACUCAGGAUGAAGUCAAAAUUUGUGAAAGAACUAUGCAGUUUCUAGUUAUAGUAUCAAUCAGGUAUAAGGAAAUAAGACAUCGAAAAUGCACAUAUUUUUAUAUUAUGCUUGCAAUAUUGUAUGUUCUGAGAAGUAUUUAGGAAAACUGAUCACAUAAGGAUUUCAUGAAGUGAAUGGCACAAUGUAGGCAGUUUUGGAACGUGUGUAGACACAAACUUAUGAGAGUGUUGCUGAAGUUAUGCACAUAUGAACUGAUUAAAGUAUUAACCACUAUGAACUAAAUAAGCACUAAACAAAGGUGUUAAUGUAAGUAGAAGUAGCUUUUUUAAUGUCGACUAACAGUUGUGCUCUAUUUUAUAACUUACUGGCAUUUUGAAGAGCUUAUAAGCUUAAAAUGAUUCAAGUAUUUGCUUCCAAUCAAUGGUGACUACAUAUUAUCUUAAACAAUAAAUGUAAAAGUUUGUUAAUACAGCUUAUAAAGUCUAUAUAAACGUACUGCAUUUUAAAUAUUUUUAAUAUUCAUACUCACUUUCAUCCUUUUACAAUUGUUGGAUUCAUGUUCAUUCCAAGUAAAUGCUCUAUUUUCUUUUACAUUUUAUUUGUAUAUAUAAAGUGCAAUAUGAAGUUGUAUACACUUUCUGUAACAUUAUGUACUGUUUUAAAAAAACCCCUAAUUUUGCCAAAGUAAUGGAAUAUAAAAGUGGUGAUAACUACUGUGGAAAUGGUGAUAAUUUAAGGCUUUUGCUGUGUUGCUUGAAGACAUGAGUAAUUUUAUACCUGAGAAAGAUAAAGGUUUUAAUUUUAUUUAACUGGAAUCACUGUCCUGCUGUAAUUAAACAUUAUGUAUAACAUCUAUAUUUUUAAAAAAGUUUAAUUUAUGUGCAAUUUAUUUGGAUCUUUUUAUUUUGCAAAACGUAUCACUAAAAUCAAGUAUUACAUUAUUUUAAUAAAUGAUAUUUUCAUAUUCUUUUUUGACAUAAAUAUUUGGUUUAGGUUUUGUGCUAUUCUUAAGAUUUGCAAUAAAUGAUACUACUCAUAUGUGUAA